AUGCCGGUACCGGUACCGGGCCGGGCCGGUCCGGUACCGGGUCACGGGUCGGGCCACGGGCCGGGCCGCCCAACACUGCAAAUCGCCAUCAUCCUCUCCAAAUUGUCCACCGACCACCACCCUUCACCCUCCUCUGGUUCGAACAUCAGCCACCAUCGCCGGCGUCCCCGCACCCCGUCGAAGAGAGAUCUCAGCUUCCAGUCGCUCAAUAUCCAGCCCUUCGAUCGCUUGAAAUCACCUAGCCGACGCAUUCCCCCAAUCGCCGUCCGCGUGUGUGUCUGUGGGAAGAGAAACCGAGCAGCAGCGCUUUCCUCCCUCGCAACUCAUCCCCGGCCAUCUCCUCAGCCGAGAGGAGACCACGAGAAGCCGUUUUCACGCCGAGAAGCAGCGGUCCUUCCUCCCUCACGUUGGCAGUCCGUACGUCUGCCGAAGCGGAGAAAUAGCAGCAAGACCUUGUCGGCCUCUUUUCUGCGAGCGACAGUCUUUGACUGGCGAGUUCCGCCGUCGUUGGUGGCAGCCGAGUUCUCGACCCGGCGACCUGGUUUUAGCAACAGUCCCUCGUUGGCCGGUCGUUUCAUAGCACCUAUCCGAGCAGCGGCAGGGCUAAUUGGAGACUUCGUAUUUUCUCAAAUUCGAACGGUUUGUUGUCCUUGUUUCAGUCUUGUUGAUUUCUUCGCAUAUGCUGAUCCGUCUAAAAUGAGUUUAGCGGACUCCCCAGCACACUCGUCAAGUAGUGAUGAUUUCGCAGCUAUUCUGGAUGCUGAAUUGGAUACGUUAUCUGAUGUAUCAGCUGAUUCCAAAGAAGUUGGGGAAGAGGAACAUAAAUAUGCUUUUGCUGAUGAGGACAACUUUGAUUUAGAUCUUCAAAGAGUUAAAAGGCGCAAGAUGGAGUUAUCUGAGGAUGUAAUAAAUCCACAGAGUUCCUCAUCUCAAGCAGAGAUGGCAGAAGUUUCAGGAUCAUCAAAUGAUAAGAAUAUGUGUCCUCAUCCUGGUCAUAUUGGGGGAAUGUGUGUGAGGUGUGGGCAGAAAGUUGAUGAUGUAUCUGGUGUUGCAUUUGGGUACAUACACAAGGAUUUGAGGCUUUCCAACGAUGAGAUGGCCCGAGUACGAGGCAGAGACUUGAAGAACUUGCUAAGCAAUAAAAAGCUCUAUUUGGUUCUUGAUUUGGAUCAUACUCUGCUCAAUUCGGCCCGAUUUUCUGAUAUUACUUUGGAGGAAGGAUACUUAAAUAGUCAAGGAGAUACUUUUCCAGAUGCCUUAAAGAGCAGCCUAUUCAGAUUUAACUGGAUGCACAUGAUGACCAAGUUGAGGCCAUUUGUGCACACAUUCCUGAAUGAAGCGAGUAAUUUGUUUGAGAUGUACAUAUACACAAUGGGUGAGCGUCCAUACGCUUUGGAAAUGGCUAGGCUGCUCGACCCACGGAAUAUUUACUUUAAUUCCAGAAUAAUCGCGCAAGGUGAUUGCACACAGAGGUUUCAAAAGGGUCUUGACGUUGUUUUGGGGCAAGAAAGUGCAGUCAUCAUCCUUGAUGAUACAGAAGCGGUGUGGGCAAAGCACAAGGAGAAUUUAAUAUUAAUGGAGAGAUAUCACUUCUUCGCCUCAAGUUGCAAGCACUUUGGCUUCAACUGUAAAUCGCUUUCUGAACUAAAAAGUGAUGAAAGUGAAACUGAAGGAGCUCUUGCCACUAUUCUUAAAAUUCUUCAGCGGGUCCAUGGUUUAUUCUUUGACAAGGAAUCCGAGGACGACCUAGAGGGUCGAGACGUGAGACAGGUGCUAAAAACAGUUCGGAAUGAAGUUUUAAGGGGAUGUAAAGUGGUUUUUAGUCGUGUUUUCCCAACUAAUUUCCCAGCCGAGCACCAUUCUUUGUGGAAAAUGGCCGAGCAACUAGGAGCCACAUGCUCGAUCGAGCUGGACCCAUCUGUUACACACGUGGUCUCAGUGGAUGCAGGAACAGAUAAAUCUCGUUGGGCAGUGAAGGAGAAGAAACAUCUGGUUCACCCACGAUGGAUUGAGGCCUCCAACUACAUGUGGCAAAAGCAGCCAGAAGAAAAUUUCCCUGUUAGUCAAGCCAAGAACAGAUGA